AUGACCACCAAUCCUACAGGUCCAGAAUCGCGUUCUCCGGGAGGCGAACAUGUGACUUACGUGACCGCUAGUACUUCAAGUUCGUACCGACGGACCGCAGCAGAUAUCAUCGAGGUCGGGUUCAACGGCGGCAACGGAACGGGGUGGUACUCACUGCCGUGGUCCGCCGACGGCAAUUCUUACAAACUCGUGCAGUACGGCAGCACACAGGUAGCCGGACGAUGGUUGGCAAGAGUAGAUGAAGAAAUCGAGUACGGUGGCUGCAGCAACGACAGCAUCGGAGUCCUGCAACUUGACAAACCGCAGGCAACUAUGCUCGGAGGGUUCACGCUGAACGUCACCGGCCCAUGCUUUAGAAUCAGCGACGUGCUGAAGAUGCAGAUUGAUGAAACUACCGUUGACUGUGAACGAGUGAGUCUACAGAAUUUAAACGCGCAGUUAUCGGAGAUUUUAUAUUCGCUAGCUCGAUAUGUCAUGCCUUCGUUGGCCAGACGCCAAGUGAACCUAAUUAACGACCCCGCCGUACCGACUAACAACUGGCGUAGUUUCAACCCUGAUAACUUAACCCUGACUUGGCCGGCUGUAAACAUAUCGGUGAAUCCCAAUCAGCCAGUAGACAUAACACUUUGGGGAUACUGGGAGGACGUUCAGGGUCAUAGUUUUGAAGAGAUCGGUUCUAUUGCGCGCUCUACGACCAAUCGAGGCAUCUUUUCAUUUAAUCCUCGAACGUUGUCAAAGUCAGACAUGCUUCGAGACGCCUGGACUAAAUACGCUGGCGGUCUGAUUCAGAUCAGAGUCAGUCAAGACUGGAUGAGAGAUAAAGGCGACGGAAUUUACUGGUCAGACAUGGUUCCUUUUGGCUGGUAUUUCCGAGACGUGUGGCAGUAUCAAAUGGGUUCAAAUUGGGCGACUGACAUGUGCAUCAAUUGGUUCGAUUAUGACGGUAGACGCGAGAAUUUCUACAUGUUUCUGGAGAAUGAAAAUCCUUGCCCCUGUACUUUGGACCAGGCGCUAUUGGACGUUGGACGGUUUGUCGCUUUGAUGGAUUGCGAUAUUAACGGUGAUCAUCGCUGUUACUACACUCAAGGAGCUCAGCAUUGCGUCGUAUCAACAAAAAACGUAUGGACAGGCGCUGGACAGGUGUGCUGCUACGACUGGGAGGGAUGGCUGAUGUUCUCUCAGGAUUAUGAGUAUAAUGAUCAGUAUUUGCGCUUUUAUUCUGCUGGUGUUCCAUAUCGCGCUCAUCCUUAUGGUUACGUGUAUGGCGAAGGUCAUUUCAUAACGUUCGACAACGUCCGCUAUACGUUCAGUGGCAAAGGCUAUUACAUACUAACGAAGUUCAAAACUCCAUCUGCCAAUGCUAUGGUGCAGAUCAGAAUGGAACAGCCUCCAAAGACAUUAUGGAACACUGACGUGCCUGCGACCGUCGUUACAGGAAUCACAGCUCAAGAUAAUGAAUCAGCCGUAAUAGAAGUAUAUGCUCGCAAGGAAUUUCGUCGCUGGCGCUACAAAACUGAUGUGUAUGUCGACAGUACCAGAGUAUUUUUCGAUACACCGUGGCAGAAACUUCAGGUCUUUCGAGGAGUUACGAUACGUAGUCGUCCAAGAAACAUGAACAUGUCAGAGUUGGAAAUAAUGUUCGAUACUGGAUUAGGACUUUUGGUGAAAGAAUCGCGAGGAAUGCUGAACGUAAUGGUAUCCAUUCCUCCGAAAUAUAACGAGACUUAUGCCUGGAGACAAAGGACAGAAUUUGGAAGAAUGGAACCGACAGCCGGUGUGUUUGGAACGGGCAAGUGCGCAAGUCAUUACCACACAGUGGGUCUUUUGGGCGUCUACAACAAUGAUCCAAGGGACGACUUGACAACUCCAGAUUGUAACGUCAUCAAUCCGCCAUUAUCUGAAACUGAUAAUCGAAAUCUGUUCUAUGAAUUUGGCCAGAGAUGGAAACUUGAUGGUAAACAAGAUUCUGUGCUCUUCAAUGCUAUUCAUCGGCCGAUUUACAAUCCCCAUUUGUUUGCUAGCCUGCAGUACACUCCGACGUUUGAUCCUUGGCAGAACAACAACAUGACUUUUUAUGAAUCGCUCAUAUUCAGCCGGGACGAAGUGCGGGUUGCGUGCAAAGGAUCAGCUAGUUGCGAGUUCGACUAUCUAACAACAGGACGAAGGGAAAUUGCUAUGGAUACUUUGACAAGCGAAAUGACAUUCCAUGACAUGAAGCGGCGAGGAGAAAAGCUAUUGAUAAGCUGUGGACCAUUGUGGAAAUAUUCCGGCGUGCUGAAAUAUCCAGUUGGGAAGAACUACUUGGACGGUGUAAGAGUGAACCUCUUCUGUAAACCAGAGUAUUUCAUUCAUGGGGAUCCGCAGCGGGUCUGCGUUAAUGGCACGUGGUCCCCGGGUUGGUGGGCAUGGUGUCGCUGGAGGACGGAAGAAAAUGCGCUUAAAUGGUUCACUGGAAUCGUUGUCGCAUUGCUGAUAUUUGCGAUAAUCUUUGGAAUCUUCUGGUACUGCAACACUCUCAAAAAACAGAAACUGAAAUCAAGGGGAAGACAAUUCUUUAUUGGAAGGUACAUUCCCGAAAUCAGUAAAAAUGGAGGAAGUGCGAAGAAACCUUCUUCACAACAGCCGACUAUUCCAGUGGUUGACCACGAACCCCCGAAGUCUGGCGCUUACAGCGGUCGAGGCCAAGCCAGGUAUUCAGAAAGUACGGCAUGAAG